GGAACAUGGACAUUAAAGCUUUGGUCUGCAUUAACGCAUUAACACUGCUAUCUAACAUGACGCGCGUCGUUCUUUUCGGUGGCACCGGCAUGGUCGGCCAGGGCUGCCUUCGGGAGAUUCUUCUUGACUCAGGGAUCACUAACGUACUGGCGAUUGGAAGACGGUCAAUUGGGAAAGAGGACCCUAAGCUGCGUGAUGUCGUCAUAGGCAAUCUGUCAGACCUCAGCGCUGUUGCUACUGAGCUCAAAAGCGUGGACGCCUGCCUCUACUGCCUCGGAACAUCAGCAGCAGGGAUGAAGGAGGCGGAAUAUACCGCUGUAACGAAGACCCUGACGUUGAAUGUCCUGGAUGCAUUGCUGGCAGAGAACCCCAACAUGCGCUUCCUGUACGUCUCGGGAGCAGGCUCAGAUGCCAAGUCAUCGACCAUGUGGGCACGCGUUAAGGGCGAAACCGAGAAUGAGAUCCUAGCACGCGCCCCAAACACCGCGGCCAUCUUCCGGCCCGGCCUCAUCGAGCCGCUGCACGGCAUCAAGGGCCAGCAGUCGCUGCUGUACAAGCUCAUGUACGCAGCCACACCCCUGCUGCGAGGUCUGGGCGCGCCGGUUACCUCAACGGAGACCCUGGGUCGCGCCAUGGUUGCGGUUGCCAAGGGCGCAAGCACUCCAAAGAAGAUCCUAGAGAACGAUGACAUUAACAACCUUGUUAGGUAGUACGGCAGCGCCCCACCUAAGUACCAAGCACUCACCAGCAGGGGUUGUGUGAGGCUGAGACGCAAGUAGCAGUAGUCUUGGACUCAUGGUACGACGGCUGGGUUGGUACGGCAACGCAUGCUGUACGACAGCGAGAUGUAGGACAUGGGCUGUAGCGAUGUACGGCAAGGUAUGGUGUAGGACGGUUUUGCAGACGGGGGAUGAGUACCGUCAGUGUGCCUGCAGCUCUUGCACGCAGCUGUUGUGGUCUCGCUUUCUGCUGGCCCCCGCCACUGGCUGAGUGCAAGUGAGGCACCACUGUGUGAACAGCGCUGCUAGGCAUACCCCUUCAGUGUAAAGUAACAAGUACGACAGGGCUGGAACGUUGGGGUUCCUAACGGUUGCAGGCGUUCCAAAUGGAUGUGGUGGGGGCGUGGGGCGUGCUGCUGCAUGGCGUAGUUUCCCCUGUUAUCGUUCUGUCGUUCCGCAUAAGAAUGGCAUACAAUGGCAUGACAUGAAGUGACAUGACCUCCUUUGAAGCAUCAAGCUGACAUGCUUCCAAGCUUCCCAGCAUGACGUACGGGAGGGCUGUGUCUCUUUUGCCAGUGCGGUUUGCAUGUGUUGCUUCCAUGUCUCAUGGGUGGGAGUCCCUUGUCGACGCCCUCUCCCCCAUGCUCGAGUGGGCAUUAAGCAGGUUUCCAUUGUUUCUUGCAUGCUUCAUUGCAGUCCUGACCUGGUUUUCUGCACUAGGACGCCCUUAGCUUGCCUUACGUGAUGUAUGUACGGUAUGGAGCUGCUCCGCAUUCUGUAAAUACCUUAUUGCA